GUUGUUAAAGCUGCUGGUAGUUACUCUUCUUUGUUUAUCAUGGGGGACCAUCCGACCGAGAGAAAAUGUACCCUUUCACCGGAUUUUGAAAAUGUUCUGAAUUGUGAUAACUUUGUUGAUAAAAGUGGGUUGAUUCUUGCAAUUGUUAAAUCGGACAUUCCUGUGAUACUUUGUACAGCACCGCGUCGGUUUGGAAAAACUGUAAACUUAACUAUGCUCCAACGAUUCUUGGAACUGGAAGUAGAUGAAAAUGGAAUAGAGAUAACAACGGUUUUGGAAGAAAAGGUCAACUAUAAACUGUUCAAUUCAGCAAGGUUCAAGUUAAAAGUUAUGGACCAGCGGAAUAAGAACUUUGUAACAACUCAUUUCGGACAAUAUCCGAUUAUCACACUAAAUUUUCAAUGUUCUGGUCCCAUCAGAAAUCAAUCUGAUGCAGUGAAUGUGUGUAGACGAGCUAUACGUGAGGCUUUUCAGCAACACGAGUACCUUUACCAAUCCACAGUGUCACCGUUGAAAGAUGAUGAAAAAGAUGUUUGCAGACAAUGGUGUAGUGCACGUGCCUACAAAGAAAUUCCAGAAGAAGAUGUACAGGCGGGGUUGGUAGACUUGGUAGUUUAUCUGAAUAAGUUUCAUAAAAAAAAAGUUUUCCUGCUUGUUGACGAGUAUGACUCGAUUGUUUCAAAUGCAUUGUACAAUCUGGUAGAUGCCAAGUUGAACGACCUAACGGAAGUUGCUUCAUUCGCCAUUGGAGCUAUUGGAGAUGCUUUAAAACGAGUUUCUAAACUCUUUCAAGGAGUGUUUAUGACAGGAAUUUUAGAUAUUGCUGGUAUAACGAUUUCCAGCGUAUUGGGUAACUUGAAACGACUACAAUUCGGAACCCCCAAUCUGUGCCAGGAUUACUAUGGGUUUUCUGAAGAUGAAGUCGAUAUGCUGUUUGAUCGGUUUGAAGUAGAGGAGGGGUUGAGGACAAAAGCGAAAGCCAAAUAUAAUGGAUACUACAAUGGGGACAAGCAACGACUAUAUAAUCCUCAAUCGGUUGUGCGUUUUCUGAAAAAUUUACAACUGGGAGAAUAUGCUUUGCAAAAUUAUUGGCAACAAUCUGGCUACAUCCACAAGAUGUAUAACCUAUUUAAUCAGGAUGUCGUGCCUAACUUGUUGACUAGCCUACUACAAAGUGCGAUAGAUAUGCCAGAUUUGGAGCUGGGACCGUUAGAAUUAAGUGAGCUGCAAUCGUUGUAUGGGAUAUUAGUUCAUUCGAAUUUGGAUUGUAAAAAAGACAUUAUUGUUAGGUUUUUUAUAUCUCUUGGAUACUUAACAUAUACUGAUUCGAAACUCCAAAUACCUAACGGCGAGUUAAUUCAGGAAUUUACAAAGAAGCUACAAACAUAUUUUUUUAUUGAAAUAUGGUAUUAACGAAAAUUUGUCCGAGGAUUGUUCAAAAUCAUUUUCUGAACUUGUCAGUCUCUGUGAAAAAGAUGGCUCAUUAACAGAGUUCAAUAAAGAAUUAGCAAAUUUUCAAAGUACUGUCACCCGUCUACUUCAACAGUCAAAAAUUAUCGAUCCACUAAAUGAGGCAACAUUACAGAGUAUAAUUACAUUGACAUGUACUCACAACGGAUUUCUCUUUGGAAAUGAAAUAAUCAUCCCAAAUUAUAGAACCAAAAUUGAUAUAAUGCUGUAUAAUGGUAAAUCUGGGAUUAUAAUCGAAUUAAAAUGUGAUCCACAUGCUGUAGAAGAUGCAGUAAAACAAGUUUUUGAAAAUCACUACUUCAAUGUCUUCACAAUGGCGAAAUAUUUUAAUGAUCGUCCUACAGAUCCUUCUCUUUCUCUUAUUAUGGGAAUGCAUGUAGAUUCUGAAAAGAAAGCAUCUGUGAUGUGCCUCCGAAAGGAGGAUAUUAGGGCUGUUCUAGAUGAUCACAACAUUCCGGCAGAGCCAUCGCUAGAAAAUGGCAUUGAGAUAGCUGUUAAUACUAGGGGUGAAAAAAUCAUUAAUCUAUUUUGCGAAAGAGCAAUUCGUGUCUCGUAACAGCAGAGAAAAAAAUGUAAUUGCGGCUAAUUUUUAGUUUUAAUUCAGUAUAUUUUUAAGUUUAGUAAUACUUAAUUCAAAGUGUAUUUUUAAGGUUAGGGGCAAGUUGAUUUUAGU